AUGAUUCAGCUGCAUGACCGACAUGGCCACUUCAUUCGUAUUGCUCACAAUGAGCUGAGCGUUAGUCAUCCAGAUGCGGUCAAAAAGAUUCUGCUGAGUCCUCUUCGCAAGGCGGACUGGUAUACAAUCAUCGCAUUCCCGGACGGACGAUACCAGAACCCAAUGUCUACAACUGACCCCAAGAAGAAAAUCGAACGGUCAAAGAAUCUUGCACCAGGGUAUAACAUAUCCAAUCUGCUCCAGUCUGAAGCAGCAAUCGACGAUAACAUUCACUUUUUCCGGAGCUGGCUGGACAAGUUCUCUGCAAAUGGGCAACCUAUCAACUUGGACCAGUAUUUUGCCUAUUUGACCAAUGACAACGUUGGUGAGGUUGUCUUUUCCAAGUCCUUCGGCUUUCUUCGUGAAGGGAAGGAUAUUGGUAACACCAUCAAAAACUCUCUAGGUCACAACGCCUAUGUUGCCAUCAUGGGGUUCUAUGGAUGGCUCCAUACCUUGCUUGUAGGCAAUUCGUUUGUCACUUGGUUGGGAGUCAUGCCCUAUGGCCACAUUAUCGAGACCGCUAUGAAUUCUGUCAAAGACAGCCAGCGGAAUGUAGACGCGCGGUUCGACCUGAUGAGCCACUGGCUUAGGGCUUUGGACGAACACCCUGAUCGCAUGAGCGUCCGGGAUGUCCAUGCGGCCGUAUUCAACAACAUUGCGGCAGGUGCAGAUACUGUGGCGUGCGGACUGCAGUCUUUCGUAUACCACAUGAUCAGACAUCCCACGGCGUGGCAGCGGGUGCGUGAUGAGAUCAUUGGGGCUGGCCUACUGGAUGAAAAUACCAUAGUAUCAUUCACGGAUGCGCAGAAGCUUCCCUACUUGCAAGCCUGCAUCACUGAGGCUCUGCGUGUAUUUGGCCCAGUACCAAUGGGUUUGCCACGGGUGGUUGGGCCAGAGGGGCUUUAUAUCGGCGGCAAAACAUUGCCGGGUGGCACUAUUGUCUCCGUUAAUCCUCACGUCAUCCACCAGUCGAAAGAGAUAUGGGGCCCCGACGCUCGUGAGUUCAACCCUGAGAGGUGGCUUUCGGAGGGCUCGGCAAAGAUGCAGAAAUACUGGAUUCCUUUCGGUGCCGGCUAUGCUUCGUGCCCCGGACAGAAUAUAGCUCGCAUCGAGCUGUCGAAGAUCACGGCAACUAUUGUGCGGGACUAUGAUAUUCAUCUGGUGGACAAGGCCCAAGAGUGGAAGUAUAAGGCGUACUUCACAGUCGUGCCACAUAGCUGGCCGGUAUACGUUAACCGUGCCAAAUCGGGGCAAUGA